UUUGUGCAUAUGUUCCCACAACUGAGAAGGAUACAGGGAGCCUGCCUGCCUUGCUUACUUAUCUGAUGUUUUCUUGUUUCUGUUUCAGCAUUCAGGAUAGCUCCUUCAACACGACAGCUUUACCAGAAGUUGAUGAUAACAAAGAAAAUUAUCCGGACAAUGCUGCUGUCUUAGAGGAAAAGCAACUGCCUCUGCAAGAUACUCAGCAGCACCAGCAGCAGGUUGUCAUUGACAACGCUCUAAAGCCUGAAAUGGGCAACUUAAAGCUAAGAAAACCUAGGCCCAUUGCAAAGCUAGAAAAUGGAAAAAGCCAUGAGGAAAGUCAGGAGCUGGAAAGUGCAUUGCCAGGCCUCUCAGAGUGGCAAGGGAAGGCUCGAUCCUCAGCUAAGGACUCUGCACAGAACAUGGCUUUAAGAAGCCAGGAAGCAAUCGUGAGAAGGCAACCAAGAAUAGAUCAGAACACAUGCAUUUCACCAAAAGAAGCUACUGAGCAAUUUUACAGCUUAAAUGAGAAUUCUUUGUUGAAGCUACAAGCCCUUGAAACCGAUCUGUGCUCUGCAUUUCUGCCAACCCAGGAAGAAACUCCUCAGCUGCCAGCACCCAAGGAUCCAUCCCCUUCAUCAGUCCAAACCAGUGGCCAAGCUGAUGGGGCCAGUUGUGGAGAGCAAUAUCACUUCAUUUCUCCUAUUAUUGAUUUUAAUUUAAUGCAUCAGCAGAGAGAUAGCGAAGAGCCUCUGCCAGCCCACAGAGACUGGCAGAAUGACAUGGACAGCAGCCCACAGGAACAUCACUCCCUGGGGAGCAGUCGACUGCUGUAUCACAUUACAGAUGGAGACAACCCUCUUUUGUCACCACGCUGCUCUAUCUUUAGCCAAAGCCAGAGAUUUAAUCUAGACACAGAGUCUGCACCUUCUCCACCAAGUGCUCAACCUUUCAUGAUGCCAAGGAGUUCUUCUAGAUGUAACUGUGAAGAGUGCAAAGAACCUCAAACAAUAGCACAACUUACCAAGCAUCUUCAGAGUCUCAAGAAAAAGAUUAGGAAAUAUGAAGAAAAGUUUGAGCAAGAAAAAAAAUAUCUGCCUUCACAUGGUGACAAGACUUCCAAUCCUGAAGUUCUGAAAUGGAUGAAUGAUUUGGCCAAAGGUCAUAAGCAGCUCAGAGAGCUGAAACUCAAAAUGUCAGAAGAACAAAACUGUACCUCUAGAGCACCCCAAAGAAAUGGUCAUUGUGAAAGCACUGGGACCUCUAAUGAGGCUGAGACACAAGAGGCCACAAGCAUGGAACCAUCCUCAGUAGAAGAAACCAUGGACAGCGUAUUGAGAAGAUUAAAGGAGAAAAGACAACACUUUAACCUUCCUGAAGCUAUCAAGGUAACUAAGCAAGAAAAGAGUCUCAUGAAACCUCUUUACGACAGAUACAGAAUUAUCAAGAAACUUCUCGCGACUCCAUCUUUGAUCACAACAAUUCAGGAGGAGGAAGACUCAGAUGAAGACCAUUCUCAAAACAGCCAUGAGUUGUCAUCUGGCCCAGUAUCUUGCCUUCCUGUUGAUGAGCACCUGUGUUACGCUCAGGAGGAGAGUGAGCCUGCCUAUGUGUCACCUCUGGAUGAAAAGAAAGGUUUCAGGCAAACAGCCUUGUCUAUGUCCAAUUUACAUGAGGCAACAAUGCCUGUCCUGCUUGAACAUCUCAGAGAGACAAAAGCAGAUAAGAAAAGGCUUCGUAAAGCUCUGAGAGAGUUUGAGGAACAAUUCUACAAGCAGACAGGAAGGAGUCCUCAGAAAGAAGAUCGGGUGCCGAUGGCCGAGGAAUACUCUGAAUACAAGCACACAAAAGCCAAAAUCAGGCUCUUGGAAGUUCUCAUCAUUAUGCUAGCUGGGAUGAGAGAGGACAGCAAUAUGCAAGAAUACUACGCACGGGUGAGUGGACUAUAGUAUAUCUAUUUUUUCCUUUUGAAAAAGCCUUGAAGUGCACUGUGAGAAAGUUAGAAAUUAAAAGGACACUGAAGUAUUGUAGAGUCUCAGUUUGACCUGCUUUUUAGAUUUAAAAAGUGUGAGGACAUGCUUUCCAGGAUUUUAGUCCAUGGUAAUGUACCACCCAUUUCUUUCCAGAAUUAACAUGCACUAUAAUUAAAUAUUAAUAUCAGUUCUCAGUCUGCUUAUUCACUAGAUUAAAAGACACAUGAGCUUAAAACAAAUGAAAGAAAAACUCAUGGGCAAAUGCUAUAUUUCAAAAUAGAGUUGCCACUCAAUUCUAAUAGGUUCAAACAAAGCUGCCUAUGCAACAAAAGAUAGAAAGAAAGAAGGACCUGGGUGGAGCUGCUUUUUUUUUUUUUUUUUUUUUUUUUUUUUUUU